GCUUUCCUCCUUUAGGUCUUUCCGCUGGGUGGCGUCGCCUCCUCCUGGGUUGCGAAUAGCUUCACAGUUGUUAAAAGAAGUUCAGUUUUUUCGCCUUUCAUAUUUCUUUGUAAUAUUGCUUCGCCUAUGCGCCGCUCCUUCGGUUCCCGUGACUCGUUUACGAACCGUGAAAACGGCAGCAUGGAGUUCUGAAGGGAAGGAACAUCCACGCGGCUAAAUGCAGCAACAGGACAUCCCCAUUACCCCGAGGGGGGCUGGGGCCUUCUGCCCUUUCUCAAGACGGCCUAUAAACAAGCCGCCCCGCCCACAAAUACCGAAGUCGAAGAGCAGCACAGCACGCGCGACGCGUGACGGGGCGUUGUCCUCGAACCUCGGAAGCCUCUGAGAAAAGUUGGUGUACAGAAGCACCACCAUGCUACCUUGCAGUUUGAUGUGUGCCCUUCUCUGGUUGACGCUCGAUACAACCGCGGCUCAGACGUCAGCUUCAUCAAACAUGGAAACUAGAAUUUUAAACAGUAUAUUGGACAGUGGUCGUUAUGACAGCAGGGUUCAACCGGAUGGAACGAACACGACUGAAGGUCCUGUUCAAGUUGACGUUGACAUGUUCGUGCUUUCCCUCCGUGAUGUGUCAUUCAUGAACAUGGAUUACACAGUUCAAGUGUACUUACGGACAAGAUGGAAAGAUUCUCGGCUGAGAUAUGAUAAUCAGCCUGGGAAAGUGAAAUACCUUAAUUUGAACGAUCCUUCAAAAGUUUGGAGACCCGACCUAUUUAUUCCGAAUGAAAAAGAAGCCAAUUUUCACAAACUCUUGCUCCCAAACACGUUUCUACGUAUUUACCCCCAGGGAAAUGUCCACUACAGCGUGAGGUUGACCUUAAAGCUCGCUUGUUUGAUGGACUUCGCAAGAUUUCCGUUUGACACACAAGUCUGUAAGAUAAUGAUGACAAGCUAUUCCCGUACUACGGAUGCAUUGGUCUUCGAGUGGAAAAGGGGUGAUCCACUCGUAGUAAACAAAGAAUUGUACUUGUUGGAGCAUAAGCUGAUCGAGUCCAAGACAGGCUACUGCAACAGCAAAACAAACACAGGAGAAUAUUCAUGCCUGAAAGGCGGAUUCGUGCUCCAGAGAGAUGUCAGAAGAUACGGCAUUCUGGUGUUCAUCCCCUGCUGUAUGUGUGUGAUCGUUUCUUGGGUCGCUCUUUGGCUAGACAACAAAUCCACGCUGAUUCGCGUGCUGGUUCCGCUGGUGGACUUGGUGUCCCUGUCCAGCCUCGUGAGCAAACUCAACUAUAGCGACAUCCCAAAGACAAAUUUCACGAUGCCCAUCGACACCUGGACCGGCGUUUGCCUGACCUUUGUGUUCAUCGUCUUAAUUGAGGUAGCUGUCGUUGACUACCUGGUUCGCAGGAGCGGGAACCGCCACGAACCAGUUUCAGCGAAGCCUGAUGAGGAUAAGAUGAGUGGUGUCGAGCGUCUUGAAAUGGAGGAUGACAAAGACGUCAAAAAGGCACCUGGGCCAAAUGGUGGCAAUAAGACCAACUGGAAGCAAGGCUUUGAAACAUGGCUGAAGAAAUCAAGAUCAAUGGCAGACAAGAUCGACCUUGUGUUCCGCGUCCUGCUUCCAGUCCUCUUUAUCCUAUUUUUAAUAAUUUUUUUUGGCACACAUCUGUCGGCAUCAACAGAUCCCGAUGAGCUGUUUUAGGGCACGUUUUUUUUCCGAGUGUGCUCCCCUGACCUAAGUGUGACUAAUCCGUAUUGAUAUUGCUAUUGUUACUAACAAAAUAAAAAAGGCAAUCGACAAGACG